CGCUCCCUUCACAGCACUGGUGCCAUGGCGUCAUGAGCGUCCUACUGCCCAACAUGGCGGACUUUGAUACCAUUUAUGAGUUAGAAGAAGAAGAUGAGAGAAUUGUGAGUGAAGAACAUCUCGUCAGAUACUGUCCCGACCCUGUGGUCAUGCGUGGGGCUGGUCACUUCACCGUGUUUGGACUAAGCAACAAAUUUGACACAGAGUUUCCUUCCGUUCUCACAGGAAAGGUUGCUCCAGAGGAGUUCAAGACGAGCAUCAAUCGAGUAAACGCUUGCUUGAAGAAGAACCUACCGGUCAAUGUGAAAUGGUUGCUCUGCGGCUGCCUGUGCUGUUGCUGUACGGUGGGCUGCAGUCUGUGGCCUGUCAUAUGUCUCAACAAGAGAACACGAAGAUCCAUCCAGAAAUUGUUAGAAUGGGAAAACAACAGAUUAUAUCAUAAGCUGGGGCUGCACUGGAAACUCAGCAAGAGAAAAUGUGAGAGCAGCAACAUGAUGGAAUAUGUUGUUCUUAUAGAGUUCUUACCAAAAUAUCCUAUAUUCAGACCUGACUAAAGGACUUCUGCUGGAUCCUCGUGGAAGACCCUUCAUUCCUCUCCUUAGUGCCUUGUAUAUAUGUCGGAUUGAGGGUCUUCACUGGGUUUCUACAAGACCCCUUCUCCCAGUACCUUGUACAGUAGAAUUCGCAACACUGUCACUUUGCUUUAGAGCAGAUUUUGCACAUUUCCUGAUGUAGUAGAAGCGCUCCUGUGUUGCACUCAGACGUUUUGUUACAUAUAAUGAGAGAUGGGAAGAAAGCAAACUCUGAUGCUGUUUAAAAAGUGCAUUUACCCCAAAGUAUUGUUAUGAACAAGGCACCUUAUGGUGUGAAUUUGCCUUAUGUUAAAGGACAACAGUGUGUCAGAAGUGUGUGGUGUUUUAAUGUUUUCAGAGUGUGAUGACUAGCGUUGGGGCUUUUGAAGCUAGUGCAGCAGAUGUUUGAACUAGCUUAGAGGAACAGUCAGCACCGUGAUCUGGCACUUUUGCGAUUUUA